AUGUCAACCACGCACCAAAACCUCCAUGGAACCUCGAGGAGAUCUAGACCUCCAGUGGCAGGCUCCAGAGCUCCUCGAAUGGAUCAUUCACGCAUCACCAGAACACGCCCGAAUGAGAAUGACAAUGGCAAAGGCACAGGUCCAGAUCAGCAACUUCUGAGACCACGAAAUGUGUGGGAGGAUUGGGACGAGCUCACCAUCAAGCUUUGGCCCGUUCACCCCUCAGAAACAACAUACAACCUUUGGAGAAUCUUCAGUAGAUAUGGCCAAAUCAGUUUCAUCGACAUUUAUGAGAGCAACCAACAAUCAGGAAAAACCGGCCUCGUCAGAAUCAGAUUUUCACCACCUCCAACAGUACCUUUCUGGAACAAUGGCCAGGUUUUCAUCGACCAAGGCGAAGGCCCCUCUGUCCAGUAUCUCGUGAAUGUUGAGCUUGACAAGUCAAGACCGCCGCUUGAAGUCCAGAGUCCGGUCAAGAAGCACGUUCGCUAUCCUGCGAGAAUGAAACUCUACGCUUCCGCCCUUCAUUUUGGGCUCAUGACCGAUCCGCAAUCGCUGAUGCCUUUGCAUGUGGUUCGGCCUGUUGCUUUUCAUGAUACUGCCUUCGUGGUUGACCUCCUUAAGAACAAAAUCACAGCUACCUUUACUGUGCAAUUUCCAAACCCAGAGGGUGGUGUCGGCAGAUUUGAUCGUGAAAACAAGUACAUGUUUCAAGUCCCUUUUAGUCAACUGACUACGAUUAAGCAUAUGGUGGUCAACGCCAAAGCUUUUGCCUUGAUUAUUUCUUUAAACUCACCACCGCAAUUCUUCCGCAAGAGAGUCGAUGAGUAUGCGGGUCAUUCAGACGGAUCCCCCCAAUGGAAUGAGAUGGACACUUGGUUCCGCCAGACUGAUGUGGUUUAUGAUCCGUAUCGUCUUCAAACAGAGAAGAUCACUCUUCAUAAGGAUCAACCAGUUAUUGACAUCGGUCGGUGGACAACCUACUUCUUCGAAUUUCCCAACCUGGACAACAGCCCCGCCACGUUCGACACCAUCAAGCAGGCACUUCAGGAUUACAACAUCGAGAUCACCACAAUUUCCUCUCUGAAUAAAGUUCCCAGCCGUGAGCCUGAUCUCUGGCCUUUGAUUGAUCCACGACACUCGGCAGACGCCUCAGGCGAUCUCCAGUAUUUGAGUGAGGGUGCAUAUGUUCUCCCUUUUGAGGUGAGAUACCAACUGGAAGUAUGUAUUUCUCGGGAAAUACUCAACGAAUAUAAUGUCACCCGAGGAUUUGUCAAGAAGCUCUCUGAAAUUGCUUCUGUUGAUGCCGCGAAGGCUCGCAAUAUUCUCGAGUAUGUGGCCGGUCAAGAGAAGCGUGUCUAUGAUCCGAUGACCAUCUUCGAGGACCAAGAGGCUCUCGCUUUCACAGCUAAGACUGAAAUUCCCCACUACUGUGCCUAUUCACGAAAGGCUACCAUCACACCGUCAACUAUGUACUUCAGUUCACCUACGGUUGAGACGACCAAUCGGGUUCUGAGACACUACGCCAGAGAAAAUCGAGAUGGUCGGUUCCUCCGCGUUCAAUUCACUGAUGAAUUGGCUGAAGGACGCAUCAACGCUUGUGUCGAUAAUCAAAAGAAUGACGAGCUGUUCACGCGAAUUUACAGAACGCUCUUCAACGGUAUUCAGAUUGGAGACCGUCACUAUGAAUUUCUAGCUUUCGGCAAUUCUCAGUUCCGAGAAAAUGGUGCCUAUUUCUUUUGCCCUACGGAGCACCUGUCCUGUGACGAUAUUCGUGGCUGGAUGGGACACUUCUCCGACAUCAAAGUUGUUGCUAAAUACGCGGCGAGACUUGGACAAUGUUUUUCUACUACCAGAGCUAUAAAUGGUCUCUCAAAGCCUGACAUCGUCAAGAUUGCCGAUGUUGAGAAUAACGGCUACACUUUUACAGAUGGGGUGGGCAAGAUCAGUCCCUUCCUGGCCCAGAUGAUCUCGGCCGAGCUUGGACUCCGUACUAAUACAGCUCCAUCUGCUUUCCAAUUCCGUCUUGGAGGCUGUAAAGGGGUCCUUGUGGUCUGGCCAGAUGCUAAAGAGAAGGAGGUUCACAUUCGAAUGUCUCAACAGAAGUUCACCGCCGUCUACAAUGGACUUGAGAUCAUCCGAUGCGCUCGAUUCUCAUGUGCUACACUGAACAGACAAACUAUCACCAUUCUGUCUGCCUUAGGGGUUCCGGAUGAAGUCUUCUUGAAGAUGCUCAGCGAACAGCUUGCGAAUUACCAGACUGCUAUGGAUAAUGACGAUGCGGCGGUCAGUUUGUUGCUGAGAUACAUCGAUGACAAUCAGAUGACUAUUAACAUUGCCACUAUGAUUCGAAACGGAUUUAUGGCAGAGAAAGAUCCCUUCGUGCUCUCACUUCUCCAUCUUUGGAGAUCUUGGUCGAUUAAGCUUCUUAAAGAGAAGGCAAAAAUCAUCAUUGAGAAUGGUGCAUUCGUCCUCGGUUGUGUUGAUGAGACGUUUACGCUUAGAGGCUACACCAUUUCGACCGCUCCACAUGGCGAGCAGGUCGCUGAGGAAGAACUUCCUCAAAUCUUCCUUCAGGUUCCGGACAAAAGCGAUCCCAAUCGCUACAACAUUAUCACAGGCAUUUGCUUGGUCGGUCGUAACCCCUCCCUGCAUCCUGGCGAUCUCAGAGUUGUUCAAGCCGUCGAUGUUCCAGCCCUCCAUCAUCUACGGGACGUUGUCGUCUUUCCUGCGUCAGGAGAUCGUGAUGUCCCAAGUAUGUGCUCGGGCGGCGAUCUUGACGGAGACGACUUCUUUGUGAUUUGGGACGAGGCUCUCCGACCACGCGAAUGGAACUGCCAGCCGAUGAACUACAUUGCUCCCAAGCCUAAGCUUCACAAUCAGCCGGUCCAGAUCGUUGACUUGAUGAAAUUCUUCGUACGCUUUAUGAAGAACGACUCUCUUCCGGCAAUUGCCCAUGCCCAUCUAGCUCAAUCGGACGCACUGCAAAUGAGCGUGAAGGAUCCAAAGUGUAUUGAAUUGGCCAGUUUGCACUCGAAGGCUGUUGACUACGUAAAGACCGGCGAGGCUGCCCAGAUGCCCAAGCAUCUUCGCCCUCGAAAGUGGCCACACUUCAUGGAGAAGAAACACAAGCCCAAGACUGCUCAAUACCACUCGAAUGAAAUCCUCGGACAGCUUUAUGACAAAGUUGAGACCGUUGAUUUCAAGCCUCAAUAUGAAGGUCCAUUCGACAAGCGUAUCCUUAAAGCGUAUAUCUUGGAUGACGCGAUCUUGAAGACUGUCAGACAGAUCAAAUCAAAGUACGACACGGCCAUGAAGCGCCUGAUGGCUCAACAGGAGAUCAAGACGGAAUUCGAGAUAUGGUCUACAUUUGUGUUAUCCAGACCCCGUGUUGGAAGUGACUACAAAGUCCAGGAAGAGAUCGCACGCCUAUCAGAUGCACUGAAGGACCAAUUCCGAGCAGAGUGUAUUGGAAAGGCCGGCAGCAAGGAAUUUGCGGUACUUGGUCCAUUCGUUGCUGCAAUGUACAAGAUCACUAAGGAAGAACUUGACAUCGCUCUGGCUGAGUGCCGAGCAACUAAAGUGGUCGGUGAUCGACAAGUGCCGGCUCGGAGAAUGGAGCCCAAGCACAUGCCACUGAUCUCUUUCCCUUGGCUCUUUGAGAAGGAACUUGGUCGCAUUGCUACUGGUAUCGACACUUCAGAAGAGCUUGAGGAUCUGGGAAUUGCGAACCUGGUCCUCAAGGAGCCGGGAAGAAAGCGCACUGGUGGCGUGGCCGCCGAGGAUGAUUACAUCACUCGUGAGGAUGGGGUCCUGAUCCACCGCGGUGAAGAGCUCGACUUAUUCCACCAAAUGUCUGACUCGGAGAAUGAUGCUGAUGAGAGCGAUUUCGAUGAGGCUAGACCCCGAGCUUGGGAUGAGCAUGAGACGAUGAUAGGUCGAGAUGGCGAAGAGGUGCUCGCUACGGAAUUUGAGAUUUCCGAGGGCUCGGUUCCAGAUUAUAUCCGCAAGGGCACCGGUGUCGAGGACGUGGUGCCACAAGUUACACUUGAAGGACUAAUUGAUCCGCGAGAAGCUGCAAAACGAGGUCAAGACUCCAACCAUUCCGGUCUUGGUUCAUUGUUCAGUGACAGUCGCAAUAAUCCCCAGGCCAGCACAGACAUGAAGCGGACCUCUUGUGGUGAUCCUAAUACAGAACAUUUUACUCCAAAAUAUUCGCCGAACGCCAGUGAAAGUAGGGCGCGCUCUCGUUCUGCCUUCGAUGACCUCGCCGAGCUGGAAUCUGACUCUGCCGAGGAGAUUAAGGAGGAGAUUGUUACGUUCGACAUUAAGGAAUCAUCAUUUGAUAAACUGGCGAAGCUAAUCAGCGACGAGACAGCAUCUACUCCAUCUCCCGAGCACGAUUGCGAAGUCGAGGAAGAGGAAGUUUUCCUGGAUGUUAAGGAGUCCUCACUGGAAAAACUGAAUCGUAUGAUGGGGUCUUGA